GCAAAAAAUCAUGAAAAAAGAAAAUAUAUUAUUAUUAACAGUGAAAAUCAGAGAAAAUUAACAAAACUAAAGUGAAAUUCAAACCAAUCGACACAGCUGAGUCUCCAUUGAAUAUAACGUAAUUCACACAGUGCACAGAUGUACGUGAUGAAGUCGAGGUACGUUUGAAGACGUGGAAGACGUAUAUGUAUGUAAAUAAGUGCUCUAACCGUACAACGUAAGAAAAUGCAUAAAUCACACCACAAAUCUGAGCCGAAAGUUACCACAAAGACUAAUUAAAGCAAUUGAGCAGUAAGCAGGGUUAAUGAAAAAUCUUGUAAAAAUGACUAGAAAAAAACUAUGCAUUUCGGUGCAGUUUUUGAAACUAUUAAUAAAUUAAUCUUUAAGAGUAUUAAAAAUUUUACAAAAAAGAAAUACAAAUAUAAAAAUUAAAAAUUAUUACACGCACGUAUAAGAGUUAAGUAGUUCUACGUGCAAGUGUAUAUAUAAAAUUUUGAAAUUCAUGUGUUUUUUAAUACUCGAAUGGUCGUGAUUUUACUAUUAACGCCAUAUACAACAAAUGGCUGUGAUGGAGGAUCAAACGAAAGCAGCACCAUAUCCACAACAUCAACUGGCGAUACUGCCAUACUCACUACAAAUUACAAAGCCCAACAACAUAAACAACAGCAGCAGCAAAAAUACCACUUCAACCAAUCUCAAUGGCACAAUCUGCACCAUGACUACCCAACAAACUACACACAACAACAACAACAAUAUCAGCGUCAGCAACAGCAUCUACAACAAUUUUCUAGUCAUAAAAAUAGUUACGAAAACUGUGGACAAAAAAAUGAGACCACUGGCACCAUUACUUAUACUAAUAUUCCAAACAAUAACAGCCGACAACAUUUCCAGAACUACAGUUCAAAUCCAACGGUUGCAUAUACAGCAAGAUAUGCCAUACGACAACCAGAGCAAGAUCAAGAAUAUUAUGAAAAUAAUACCAGAUUUCCCCACUACCAUACUAUCAACAAUUCAUCAAUAUCUAUCACACCAACACAAUCAAAAUCAACACUGCCUCCACCGUUACCAAAAACUAAACCACCGUAUGUAUCCUACUUUUCGGGACGUUAUAAUUUAUACGCUAAUGUUAUACCAAAGCCUCUGCGUAGCAAAGAAUGUCAGCAUUGUGAAAUACGUCCAAAUCAACAACACACAUACCAGGAAUAUCAUUUUAGCUUCGUGGACCCACCGGAAAUACAAACGUCCAUAUCUCUGCAAGAAGAUAUGGAGCGGGAGAGUAUAUCAUUGCCCAUCUCAAUCUCACCAACUCGUGUUGAAGUUACUAGCAACAACUUCAGCCCAACUCGCCCUAUUACUUACAAUCCUAACAAAUCUACUAACACAAUUGAUUUUGUUCGCCAUGUGACUCGUGUUAAUUUUUAUGAUAUCGAUACUUUGCAGGCCGAGUAUGAAUCCAAAGAUGAGAACGAUUUCGAUACUGAAGCUAUUACCAAAGAAGAGGAAUGGAUAACCAAACGAAAAACCGAACUUACAACAACGCGUCAAAUAAAAACUCAUGUCAAACGUAAUGUAGUGCUAGAGGACGGUAAAGUAGUAGAAGAUUCGGGACCAAUAGUCUCAACAAGCACAACUGAGGACACUGAUAAGCAAGAAACAGAAAGCACGGAAAAACGUGAUUUAGGCAUUCCAGUUGAUGAAUCAACAAACCCGAAUAAUGUAGCAAUUUUAGAAAAUCAAGUUGAUUGUGGACAAUUGGCAGAAUUCAGUAAUGGUGGCACAGUUAUUAAAAAGAUGAUUGUGCGACCAGCUGAUGGUCUUGUCAGAGAAACGAAUGAUAAGCGUGUCAUUUCACAUGAAGAAGUUAAAGAUUAUCUAGAAACUGAGGAUGUGAAGCAUCUUGGUGAUUUCUCAGACGAUGCUUUCGUAAAGGCGGUCAACAGUGGUACAAUAAAUCUUGAAGCAGUGCUUUAUUUAGAAGAAAAUCAAAAACAGCUAGUUCCAUUGGGUCCAAAGGUUGUAGCUAACACUAGCAAAUCCUUCAAGACUAUAGACACUGAAGAUAAACAGAAACGUUGUCUUACACAAGAGGAUGGCAAAAUUGUGACGGAGCGUAAGACAACAACUGAGCAUGAGAUAAUUGUAGAUAAAGAUCAGCCAGAUGGUGAUGAUAAGUCAACAGGCAGUCAGGAGCGAAUUCGUAAAAUAGAAUCCUCACAACGUUAUUUCAAGCAACGUGAUGAACAACACGUCGAUUUAGUUAAGAACGGAAAAGUAGUAGAUACAGAAAUGAAAUACGCAGCAGAAACAAUGCAAAUGGAAAAAGAGGGUUCAUUGGAACGGCCAGGCGAUUGGGACAGUUUGUCUGAUCGUAUGCGUAAAAUGCGCAGACCUCUUCAGAAGACAUUAAUGCAGCAACAUAAAGAAGUUGCGCUAUUGACAGACCGCAAAGAUGCAUUAACAAAGCGCCCCUUGGAUUUUGAUCGUGAAGAGGAAACUCGUAAAGGAGAAACAAUGAAGUGGCUUGAAUCACAUUUUGGCAGUGAGUCUACUGUUUCAAAUGACGACGAAGAUACAGAAAUCGAGCCAACGAAAAAGACUUUCUUCAAUGUUACAAUUAAAUCAAAUCAAGCUCAAAAUACUGCGACAGCAAAUGGCAACAGACCUACAAACACCUACGAAAAGAAGUACUUUAAGGACCAUGAAACAUCAGCUAAUAAUGUUAAAUCGAAAUACUAUCAAGGUAUAUCGAACUGGACUGAUCGCAAAGAUGUAUCUACAAAUCACUUUGCCACAAAAGCUUUCCGAGAUGAUUUGCAGGAGACAGUGGAAAGGAAUCGUUUAAAGAAAAAUACUGUGUAUAGUUCUAGAGAUAUAUUAAAUGAUUCGCGUUACGUGGGUGUGCCUAAUGACAAUUAUGUUAGAAAAGAAGAUAUACUACAACAAAAACGGCAUAGUAUUUCCUCUCAGUUUUUGGCAAGGUCAAGAAGAAGUACGUCUCAUGAUAAAUUAAAUGAAGAGGAGCCAACACCAACUCGACUAAUGAAUGGUUUUCGUACAGACUUGCAUUACAACACAAAGUUAUCAGAGGAAGAUAGACGCCUUCAUACACGAAUUAAUAAUGAUAAUAUGAGAUCUCAAAAUAUAGUCCUUACAAGUGGCAUCAGAGUAGGCGAUAACAAUAAUGAGCGUUCCAAGAGUUAUGAACGCGAAUUAAGCAACUCUUCACGAUAUGAUAUACAUACCACUAACUAUAAAAACAUGCGUCAUUCCCCUACUUCUGAAGACAUAAACUUAAGAGCCAGCACCCUUGGACGCCCAACUGUUCCCCAGCGUAGACGUGCCAUAGAAAAAAAGUUGCGUCAACAAAGUAGUGUAUCACCUACCUUAAAAGUGCCAUUACAACCCUUUAGAAAUGUUAAUGAACCGCCUCCAGACUAUUUACCUCCAUCCCGUAGCUCUUCACCACAAAUUGACUAUAUUUCACACUCCUUAAACAGUAACAGAAAUACUUUUAAUGGUUACACCACUGGACACGCUAUAACCACAUUGACCCGGAAACAAAAUCAACGCACACGAUUCGCACCAACUUCGUCUCCAACGUCUUAUAAUGCAGCUACAUUACAGCGUCCAGUAAUGGCUACCCAAACCACGCAGACCACUCCUUCAACACUUUCUACAUCUACGGCAGCAUCUCAUAAGUCAAGCAAAGUAAGUCAAGUUAUUGGCAACUCUUUGCGCAAAUUAGUCAACAAAAUACGUUCCGCCAGCGUUGAGCGUAAAAUGCGUAUGAAAUCAAAAAGCAAGUCUCGCGAGCAGUCGCCUUCACCGCAAUCUCUAGCUAAACAAAGAAACACGAAUGGCACCACCACAUAUCAACAAUAUAAUCUUAUUGAUAGUCAUAUUGUUGGCCAACCUGAUAGUAAUGAUUCAGAACGUGAAAGCGUACAACAUGAGCAAAUUCAUACGAACAAAAUUGAUUCUGGUUUAUACCAUAAUGAAUCUGCAUUAACUGGACGCAAUAAUCAACGUCUUUACAAACGUGCGGAAUCGGCGGACGCUUUCGUAAAUGAGAGAGAUACCGAUCAAAUAACCAGUCCACGACAACGUUAUUACUUGGGAGAAGAUCCAUACUCAAGCACAUUAUAUGGGAAGGAGAAUAUUUAUGAUCCAAAUUCUAUUGCUAAACGUAACAGAAAUAUUAAACCUAACAUAGAUUUUAAUUAUGUAGACCGAAAUGUUGGAGAAAUCGGUAGAGAAAGACAAAAUGAUGAAAAUAACUAUGAUCCUAAAAAUAUCGCAUCUAACACUUUGGGACGGUAUCAGAAAAGUAUUCAACGAUUUGCUGGAUCAACCCCAAAUCUUAACCAUGACUUAAGAUCAACACAAACAUUGCCUCGGAAAUUACACGAAAAACACCAAGUACUAUUGCAACAACAACAACGCAAUAAAACUACACAGCGUUUCGUGAACGGGCAUCAUACGCUUGGGCAUCCAGAGAAACGAAGCGCUAAUCAAUCAAAUGUUCAAAUGGGUCCAGCAAAACCUGCAAGAACGUAUGCAAAAGCACUUAAUCGCAGCAAAAGUUUUAAUUUUAAUGUACACGGCAUGAAUGGUAGCAACGACCCUAGUCCAAUAUAUAUUGAAAAACUCACUAAAAAUAGUUAUACAAGCAAUUUGCACAAUAGCCAUGCAUACAAAUCCAAUCCGCAUCUCUUUUCAGAUUCCAGAGACAUAAGAGAUAUAAAUUCGUCGAUACUGCAGAGCGGAUUGAAAAGUCCUUCCAUUGUAAAUUUAAUUAGUCGCAGUCAAAAGGAUCUGACUAAAAUAGACGUAAAUGAUGAUGAAGAACUUAUUAAUUAUGGAAUAAGUGGUCCUAGUGUGCCGAUAAAGCGAGAAGAUAAAAAACAAAUAUUUUUAAAUGAACUGCAACAACAAUCGCCUGAGUUAUAUAAAACUUUGCAUGGUAACGAUGAUAACCCCACCAGAACAACAUCAAAGUACACGCUUCAUUCAAAGUCUUCGUUAGAUUGCCAGACUCUCACUGUAGAACUCAACAAAGACACAGCUGGGAUUAUAAGAAGAAGUAGUACUAACAACAAUGAAUACAUUUCCGCUUCUCCGUACAACUAUCCCAAAACAAACGAAAUGCCACAAAGUAAACGAAUUCUCUUGCAUAAAGACGACCAAAAGAGAAGAGGGUCUGGUCCAACAAUUAUUGAAGUUCGAAAUACUCGAAAAUAAAAAGAAUACAUUUUCAUCAGUAAAAAUUCGAGUAUAAAUCGAAACAAGGGGCUUUAAUUUCAUUUGACUGGUUGCAAAUAAAUAUAAAAAGCCGUUUCGCGGUAUAUCAAUUUUUAAUUCAAAGUCAGCCAUCACUUUGGUUACAGCUUCAUAAGAAACGUUAAUCUAAGAAUUUCUAACUUUACAAAAGAAAAUAAUUUAUAAAAUUAA